AUGUCUCUGCCGCAAGCCUUGCAUGCAUUUUUGAAUAAUGUCGGUCAAGCAUACAAGGCUAGGGAGCAGAAUCCUUACCUGCUGGCAAAUGCCGUUCGACUAGAUUCGUCGCUACAUACAACACUACAAUCUGCUAUUCAACAGAGAAACAUAGACUUCGAGAAGGCCGUCAGCGCAUCAGCACAUAUACCAGCUUCCGAAAGAAUACAUCCUUUUCUCGUUUCUUUGCUGCAAUUCGUUUCACAACAACAGAGCAUACAAUCUCUUACAUACAGGAAAGGGUUGGUGUCCAAUAUUCCUGUUGCAAGCUACCUAGAAGCGUAUGAGAAAUGGUCACAGGUCUACUCGCGCGCAUCUACGGUUUUCCAAUCUCAAGAUUCUUCCUUUUUCGGUCCAACAUUACGGUACGUUGGCACUUCUUUGGUACUUCUGGCUAUCUCGACCGAUAACCGAAGCGGUGAUCUUAACCAACCUUGCAUCACAGAUGCUGUCUCCAAGAUUUCUAGAACAACUGGAGUUGCUGCAAUUGAUCGUUCCCCCUUACCCGGACAACAAACUAGACGAUCAGAAGUUUUGUGGCUAGCCAAUGCAAGUUUUCGAUGUUACUUCAAGCUGAAGAAUAUCCGCUUAUGCGAAACAGUUUUGGGAUCUGUGGAGAAUGCCUUGACUCUGAACAGACAACAUGCCAGUGUUCAACAAAAAGAGGCAGCAAAGCAAGCGCCUAAUCCAGCAGAGGCUUCGACUGCAUUGGGCAUGGCAUGCUAUAGUCGUGCAGAUAUGGUGACCUACAGGUACUAUCUAGGCAGGCUCAGAUUGUCUCAGCAUCGGAUACGAAUCGCCUAUAAUGAACUCCGAUGGGCUUUUGACAAUUGCACGAAUGAGCAUAUGCAUAACAAGAAUAUGAUUUUAUCACAUUGCAUUGUUGCAGCUUUGAUUCUAGGGAUCUAUCCUUCUAUGCAAUUAUUGCAAGCUUCUGGAUUAGAAGGACCGUUUGGACAACUAAUCUAUCGAAUUCAAAAAGGCGAUGGGCGUGGUAUGUAUGCUGAAUUGGAUAGAUGGAGAGAUUGGCAUCGAGCAAAGGGACAUUAUCUUCUACUUCGAGAGAAAUUAGAGAUUGGAACAUGGCGUAAUUUGAUGCGAAGAAGCUUCCUUAUCGCUCGACUUGUUAAUGGAUUAGGACCUUUUGAAUUGAAGCCUACUGCCCCAACAAUAGCAGGAGCACCAGCUUCAAAGACUCCUCCUCCCAUCCUCAAAUUAGCACAAUUUCUGGUUAUCGCACGCAGAGCAUGGAAGGAUGAUGGAUUGGCAUUAGAUGAUGUCGAAUGCGUUGUUGCUAGCUUGAUCGAUCAAGGUUACGUUAAAGGUUAUGCCAUGCAUAGUUCUGGAAAUGUCGUUUUACGCAGAACGGCUGAUUUUGGAUUUGUUCGAAUGAGCACGGUGUAUUAAUAAGGGUAGCAGAUAUAUGUACAAUAAAUAAUAUAUAUG